AAAUGAAUGCAGAAACUCAAUCAUUAACAUUUCCUAUCAUAUCUGAACAACAUCAGCACAUUUACUUUAAAUACUUGGGUAUCAAUGAAAACAUGGAUGUCCUUUUUAAUAAAUUUCCCGAAUAUAAAAAACAAAUUAAUGAAGAAUUUAGAGGUUCUGGAUUACAAGGGAUUUUUGAUAAAUUAGUUAUGAUGUCUGUGAAAUAA